AUGGACGCCAUCAGGAGAUGGAUCGAGUCCGUCGACAAUGCCGUCGCUGCUACGGCCUUCGGUCAUUAUUUUCGCCUUGAAGGUUCUACUCACCCGAAAGCUCGAACGGGUGCCCGAUUCCUAAAUGAAAUCCGUGCCGGAAUUACCAUUUUCUUCACCAUGGCAUAUAUUAUCUCCGUAAAUGCUACGAUUAUCACACAAUCUGGAGGUACUUGCGAAUGCGAAAACCGUCGAGAGGACCCUUUUUGCGAAAAAUCUGAUGACUACAAACAAUGCCUUAUCGUCCUUCAACGCGACUUGAUCACUGCUACUGCUGCCAUCUCUGCCCUUUCGAGUUUUGCAAUGGGUCUUUUUGCCAACUUGCCAAUUGCCCUGGCUCCUGGUAUGGGCAUAAAUGCCUACUUCACUUACCAAGUCGUCGGCUUCCAUGGAACUGGUCCCGUUAGCUAUCGCAUGGCCAUGACUGCAGUCUUCAUCGAAGGAUUGAUUUUCGUUGCCCUUUCUAUCUUCGGUCUCCGUCAAUGGCUUGCUCGAGUUAUUCCAAACUCGAUCAAAAUCGCCUGCGGUGCUGGUAUCGGUCUAUACCUCUGCUUCAUCGGUCUUAGCAACUCUGCUGGUAUCGGUGCUAUCAAUGGUGCCCAAAAUACCCCAGUUGAAUUGGGUGGCUGCCUCGAGGAGUUCCGGAAUGACUUUGGGGAAUGUACCAGUCACAAACUCGGCAACCCCACCAUGUGGAUUGGUUUCAUGCUAGGUUGUCUUCUCACCGCUCUUUUGAUGAUGUAUAAAGUCAAGAGUGCUAUGAUUAUUGGCAUUCUUCUCGUCUCGAUCUUUUCUUGGCCACGGGGCACAAACUUCACCUUCUUCCCACAUGACGAAGCUGGUCUUGGUGAUCUGAAAUUCGACUUCUUCAAGAAAGUCGUUACUUUCCACCCAAUCCAAACUAUUCUUGUGCCUCAAGACUGGAACCUUUCUGGUGCUGGCGGCCAAUUUGCCUUAGCUUUGUUCACUUUCCUCUACGUUGAUAUCCUCGAUGUUACCGGUACUCUCUACUCCAUGGUUCGCUUCUGCGGUGUCGUCGACCCAGAAACCGGCGAUUUCGAACGUCAAACUAUCGCAUAUACUACAGAUGCCACCAUGAUUACCAUCGGUUCCCUUUUCGGAACUUCUCCAGUCACCGCUUUCAUCGAAUCUGGCGCCGGUAUCGCCCAGGGUGCAAAGACCGGUCUCGCUUCCAUGUCUGCUGGUAUCUGCUUCUUCAUUGCUAUUUUCUUUGCUCCAAUUUUCGCCAGUAUCCCACCAUGGGCUACCGGAGGCGCUCUCAUGCUCGUCGGCUGUAUGAUGAUGAAAGCUGUCAUGGGCAUCAACUGGAACUACGCUGGUGAUGCCAUCCCUGCCUUCGCUACCCUCAUCUUCAUGCCAUUCUCCUACUCUAUUGCCUACGGUCUUAUCGCCGGUAUCCUUUGCUACACUGUCCUCAACGGCUCCGCUUUCAUUAUCAAGCUUGCCACCGGAAUUUCACCUGCUGAUGAAGACCUUAAGGAGUACUGGACCUACAAGCUUCCAGAAAACGCUGCGACACCAUGGUUCAUCCGAGCUCUUCGCGGGGAGAGGAGAUUCUGGGUGACGCCUGGCAAGGAUCAAAUCAUGGAGCUCAACUCUGUCGCUUCUGGAAAGGGCGAUUACGAAGGCCGCGAUAGCGGACAUCGAUCACAGCCAAGCCAAUAG